AUGGCUGAUCGAAAUCUUGCCAAAGAAAAAUGUAAGGAAAAUUUAGCUGCAGAAAAGGCGGCAAAAAGAGCAAGUAAGAGUGACAAAAUAAGCAAAGGAAAAAAUUUAACAAAAAAAAAGUUUAACAAAGAGGAAAACAAUGAAGUGUUUUUAGAUAAGCCUACACCUAAUGAAGAACAAAUUUGUGAUGAAAAUACCAAAGAGUCCAGGGAGAGUAAUGAUGAAAACGAUGAACAGCAACCGACCAAAGAAGAUUUUAAUACAAACACUCCUUUGAUAGAAGAGGCUAACACUGAUAAAGUAAAAAAUAUGUUUACCAUUUUAGAUAUAGGAAGCUAUGUAAUAGCCAAACAUGAAGGUGAAUUGUAUUGUAAAACUGGAAUAAACCAUUGGAAAUGGCUUGAUUCGCCGGAUCUAUUGUGGUACAAAGUCCAAGACAUACUGUUAAAAAUAAACAAUCCUAAAGCCAUAAAUACCAGAGGAGUCUGUGCAGUUCCUGAAAUGAAAGCCUUAUAA